UCUCUCUCUCUCUCUUUCUCUCCGUCUUGUGCAUCUAUCUAUUAUCUAUUUUCCCAUUCAACAACUCUUUUUUUCUUAAUUUAUCUUGUUCCAUUUUCUCAACUUUUGCUUCAUUUAAUUGACCAUCCAAACUCCAAAAGCCUUGUUUGUUCUUUCCAUCCAUUUCGGAAAAUCAAAGCCAAAUCAAAACAAAACAAAAAUAUAUUUAUUGAAAGAAGAGGAAGAAGACGAAGAAGAAGAAGAUGAUGAUGAUGACAAUGGAGGGAAUGAUGGACAAGGGGGUAUUGGAUGAUGUGAUAAGGAGGUUGCUAGAAGGGAAGGGAGGAAAACAGGUGCAGCUCUCUGAGUCGGAGAUCCGUCAACUCUGCGUCAACGCUCGACAAAUCUUCCUCUCUCAGCCAAUUCUUCUCGACCUUCGUGCUCCCAUUCGUGUCUGCGGUGACAUACAUGGUCAAUACCAAGACUUACUGAGGCUUUUCGAAUAUGGUGGGUACCCUCCUGCUGCAAACUACUUGUUUCUGGGGGAUUAUGUUGACAGAGGGAAGCAAAGUUUGGAGACUAUAUGUUUGCUUUUGGCCUACAAAAUUAGAUAUCCGGACAAAAUUUAUCUCUUGAGAGGAAACCAUGAAGAUGCAAAGAUAAACCGAAUAUAUGGUUUUUAUGAUGAAUGUAAAAGGAGGUUCAAUGUUAGGCUAUGGAAGAUAUUUACCGAUUGCUUUAACUGUUUGCCGGUUGCUGCACUCAUUGAUGAGAAAAUACUCUGUAUGCAUGGGGGACUCUCUCCGGAAUUACAAACUUUAGAUCAGAUUAGGGAGAUUACGAGGCCUACUGAAAUUCCGGAUAGUGGUCUUCUUUGUGAUCUGCUUUGGUCUGAUCCUGAUUCUAACAUUGAAGGCUGGGCAGAUAGUGACCGAGGCGUUUCGUGUACUUUUGGACCUAAUGCAUUAUCAGAGUUUUUGGAUAAAAAUGACCUUGAUCUUGUUUGCAGAGGACAUCAGGUUGUGGAGGAUGGAUAUGAGUUUUUCGCUAAACGAAGAUUAGUCACGAUAUUUUCUGCUCCAAAUUAUGGUGGGGAAUUUGACAAUGCUGGUGCAUUGUUGAGCGUUGAUGAAUCUCUUGUAUGUUCCUUUGAGAUAUUGAAACCCAUUGAUAGAGGAUCAGGAAGUGGUCCUUCUAAAAUGAAUUUUAAGAAGCCCCCUAAACUUGGAAAUGUCUAGUUAUUUGGCAACGAUUUGCGGUUCAAAUAGGAAUCCAGCUAACUCAACUUGUACGGAGUUGAACUCGUCAAGAUGGGAGAGCCUUCCACCAUUACGAGUUGAAGAUUGCCAAUGAUAUAAUGGCUGAGAGUAUAUUUGUAAACUGAAACUACCCAGGCCAGGCAUUCUUCUGUGCAGGAGCAGAGAUUAUUGCUUUAGACACCAGUUGGUUGCUUGUGUUUGGCAAAUUAGCAUGUAAUUUGUGAGUGCAAAGAGAUUUCAUGUUUUAUAAUGCCUAGAUUUCAUGUCACUUAUCUGAAUGAAUGCAUAGGAAUAUUGUUUUUUUGGUAGAGACCAGUUCGCGAGGCUUGCCGUGUUGUUAUGGCACUGAUAACGUAAUCAAUCAUAUAUGACUACUUCUUGGCUUCAACUUUACAUCGGA